UGCGGUUUUUCCUUCCCCAUCGACCCAGGGAUGUCCUCACCGCCGAGGAGUGCGAGGAGGACGCAUUCCCAUCCAGCGCAGAGCCUUUUAUUCUCAGCUCUCCUUCCACUUCCCUCUCGGAGCAUCCUCUUAUUUCUCACCCGGUAACGUUGCAAGGGAUUGCAGUCCAGGGUGAUAAAGUCAGGCAAAGUUUUGGGCUCAAUAUAGGUAUUAGGAAAUGCUGCUGCGGGCUCUGCUGCUGCCCAGUCCAACAUUUCCCUUUUCCUGCCUGAAAACUGCAGCCAAUGAGCAUGCAGGGUGACUCUCCCCCUGCUCAGCAGCCUCCCACAUCCCUGCCGGGGACCGGUGCAUGGAUCUGUUCCCCCAGUAGGUCUGCAGUGGCAAAAUGACAUUCCCCCAUCCAGCAGGAGCUCUCCUGGCUGCAGACCCCUCCAAUGGCAGCUGGGCUAACGCCAGUGAGAGCUACCUCCUGAAGGAAAAUUACACCUUCUUGGCAUACUACCAGCACUCCUCACCUGUGGCUGUGAUGUUUAUCCUAGCCUACACCUUCAUCUUCCUCAUGUGCAUGAUUGGCAACAUCCUGGUGUGCUUCAUAGUGGUGAAGAACCGUCAGAUGCGGACGGUCACCAACAUGUUCAUUCUCAACCUUGCCAUCAGUGACCUGCUGGUGGGCAUCUUCUGCAUGCCUACAACCCUGGUGGACAACCUCAUCACAGGGUGGCCCUUUGAUAAUGCCAUGUGCAAAAUGAGUGGCCUGGUACAGGGCAUGUCUGUCUCUGCCUCUGUUUUCACGCUGGUGGCCAUCGCGGUGGAGAGGUUUCGCUGCAUCGUCCACCCCUUCCGGCAGAAGCUGACGCUGAGGAAAGCCCUGGUGACCAUCGCCAUCAUCUGGGUGCUGGCCCUGCUCAUCAUGUGCCCCUCCGCCAUCACCCUAACUGUCACCAGGGAGGAGCACCACUUCAUGGUGGACACCUACAACAACUCCUACCCACUGUACUCCUGCUGGGAGGCCUGGCCCGAGACAGAGAUGAGGAAGAUCUACACCACCGUCCUUUUCUCCCACAUCUACGUGGCACCCCUUGCCCUCAUUGUUGUCAUGUAUGCUCGCAUCGCCUUCAAGCUCUUCAAGUCAGCGGCACCUGCCCGCAGCACCCGGCCUGAGGAGCCCGAGGGGAGGAAGGUGUCCCGUAGGAAGGCCAAGGUCAUCAACAUGCUCAUCAUCAUGGCCCUCUUCUUCACUCUCUCCUGGUUGCCCCUCUGGACACUGAUGCUGCUGACAGACUAUGGUAACCUCAGCGAGCGCCAGCUGCACCUGGUCACCGGCUAUAUCUUUCCCUUUGCCCACUGGCUGGCCUUCUUCAACAGCAGCGCCAACCCUAUCAUCUACGGAUACUUCAAUGAGAACUUCCGACGAGGCUUCCAGGAGGCCUUUAGGGCCCCUUUCUGCUUGCCACCACGCCGGCGGCACCGUGGGCCCUAUGGUGCCCGCAACCGUGUCUUCACCCAGCCCCAGGCCAGCGACUCUCCCCCCCACUCGGAAUCGAGGCCGCUGGCAUCCCGACGGGCUGGCAUCCCUGCAUGGAAUGGCUGAGCAGCUGUGGCCACCAGUUUGUCUGAUAGACGUGGGUCUAGAUAGGGACCUCGUGCAUGACACUAUACUAGGGAGGAAACCCCAUAUUGCUGUGGGUUUGGGGUCUUGAUGUGAUGAUUAGUGAGUGUCCAACCCAAGGGCUUGUUGGGGAGCGGAAGGGA